AUGGAAAAGACCAUGACCGAACAAGUUGAUAAUGAGUCAACAAAAAGUAAGUCAGAUGCGCCAGAAAAUUCCGUUUACAACCCAGUCGGGACUAAAAAGUCCGACAACCCCGGAAUCAUAAAACUAGGAAUUAAUAAAACUACACAAAUCGGAUCACAAAAUUUACUCAAUACACACAAUAAUAAUACAAACACUACUAAUGGUAAUAGAAAUACAAAUAAUACUAAAGCAAAUAUAAAUAAUAUGAAUAGUGAUAAUAAUAUGACAAAUAUUGGUAAUGGAGCAGAUAAUGUAGGACUGGAAUCGAGUCUGAAAAAUGACAAAGUUGUCACAGAACCAACCCCCAAAAGUGUAAAUGAUGGAAUGAAAGUGAAUAAUGCAGUAUUGAAUAGUUUAUCUAAGUUUGCACCAUGUCCUGUAAUUUGUAAACCAAACGCCGUUUCAUCAGUUUUAAACAGAAGCUUCUCAGGAAAUUCUUGCCCAAUCAGUUCUCCGAGAAAUUGCAAUCACACGACCAACCCAGCCACCACACAUAACAGGAUUAACUUAGUUGGUAGCAAUUCGUUUGGUAGUGAGAGCUCAGUGGAUAAAGGCACUGAAAAGAUUUCAUAUUCAAAGUUUUUUGACACAUCAGAUGAGUCAAUAAGCAUACUGAAGAAAAUGUUCGCUAAUAAUAUGGCGCCUGUUAGUGAGAGUGUGCCUGUGAUGGGAGAUGAACGGAAGUUUGAGUGGAUCCCUAACGAUUCGGAAGAUCCCACAUCAUACUCUGAGCCAGGAUUUGGUAGGUCACGAGGGCCUAAUUGUGAUUCUAGUUCGUUAACGGGUGAUCUUUCGGGCCUUUUUGAGGACAACUUUGAGGAUGAAUGUGACGGGUACCUUUUGUCGAGUUAUUACAACUACGGCCAGAGUGAUUUGGACACUAGGCUUAGAAACCUCUCAUCAGUUCACGAGAGCCUGUAUACCUCGUCAGAAGUGACAACACUCAGAACACUAGAAAAGUUCCUUCUUAACCUGUUGCAGAAGACGAACCAGUAUGGUAAUCUCACACCCUUUGGGAAACUUCUAGCCUUCAUCAACCUCAGCUACCUCAAAAAACACAUUAACAUGCUUGAAUCGCUAUAUAAUCACCCAGAAAUGUCAAUCAUACGAAAAGCCCUUAAUAACAAUAGUAAUAAUCAAGGCCAAAUUUCUAAAACACUAAAUACAUCUGCAGGAUUAUCAGAAAUUAAAUUGACGAAUGAAGAAGCAUUGAAUGCAUUUACUCAGUUGUUGAACAAAACGAGUAAGGAUAUAGCGGGGAAUGUGCCAUCAGUGACCACUAACACUAAGACAAAAACCACUUCCUCUGGAAUCAAAUACAACAAACAGCGUCUGACGAUUGUCGACACGCUCUCGUCAAUGUACAAGACUGGUGGAGAGCCUCACUUCCCGCGCUUCGUCUGCGGCUCAAUUGACCGCUCUAAAGUAGUUCAGUCGGAGACUAUUAGCAUACCCUUUGAUAAAUCAGAACGACAUAAUAUACACGUACAAUUCGAGAAAUUCGACCCCAAAGAUUCAAUCAUGUGGCCGAAACUUAACACACUAUCACAGACCAUCACAGAAAGAACGAGUGUGCAAGUGGCACCGUUGAAGUAUGGGAGUUUGAUGGGUUGGAAGGCGGGAACAGUGGCCUCUAUCUCAUCAGGACAAUUGAUGAUACGAGUGCCAAACGAGCAGAAGGAAAGAAUGUAUCUAUUGCGGAACUUCAUCCCGCCAAACGUGCCUGUUGUCAAGCUCGAGAAGGGGUACUGGCGCCUUCUGCCCAGGGAACUGGACGUCAACACCGACCUCUACGUAGGCUCCUGCCUCUCACUGCUUAACUUGGCUGAAAACGAUGAGUCGAUUGACGUUGUCGUUGUAAAUCUCUUUUUCUCACAAGAAAACUCACCUAUCGCACCCAUUAAACCACCCUACGAUGAGACAAAUUUCUAUUCGAACCCGAAUGAUACUGAAAAUAACAAGAAACACCCGGAAAAUUCAAGUGAUCAUGAUGAUAAGGGAAAAUGUUUAGAAAACAAUAAGGAUGGUAAUAACUCCAAUGAAAACGCAAACGAGGAGAAGUUAAAGAGUUCAAUUGGUACUUGCCGUUGUGAAGGAUAUAGUUUAAGAAUAUUUGAGGGUAAAUAUGUUGGAGUACCAGAUCGAAUUUUAGUACACAGUUUACAUGAUAAGAAGGAACAUGAGGUGAAAGUGAGCGAGUUGCGAGGCUUUAAGCUUAACUACGACGUCCAGGCACACUUUGACGGUACAAGCGUAAAUGGCCAGUUCCCAAAUGGAGUGUGGGUAGUUCCAAGAAAUAUUUCGUUCCUGGGCAAUUCUCUAGUUACUAAGGAUUCAACAAGGCCAGGUUAUGCCUGGCUUUUCAGGCCCGAUUACUGUCUAAUGAUUUUCCCAUUCAGUCGUACGGUUGACGUGCUACAGGAUCUCUGCAGACUCAUUCCAUUUCUCCACCCAGAACUUAACUAUUUGGCACUUUGUGCCGGGCUUUGGUCACUCAGAAAUAACCCAGAGAUUAGAGAUCGUGAGUCCGUUUCCUAUACCCGAAGCCAAAAGGCUGCAAUUCGAGACCUCACCUCAAAUGACGUAGUAAACGAAGUGUGCGCCGACGUACUCCGAUGCCCAUUCUCACUAAUCCGCAGACUCUACGCCUGUUUCCCAGUCUUCAGCCUCUGGAUUGCACUUGACCUUUACGACUCAGAAAAUGAUCCUGAUCCAACAAUUCCAACUUGUAUUACAACUAUUCCACCCACAUACUGUGAGAAGUGCAAUGGAAUCCGUUUCAAGAAAACUGGAAUCACAAAGAUCGUUCCAAACAAGUUCAACAAUCUUUUCAAAUCCAUUACCACAAAUACUGUUAAUACUAGUAGUACUACUACUACUAAUAAUGUAGCUAAUACUAAGGAGACUGACACAACUACUAAUAGUAAUAAUACCGUCACUAAUAACACAGAUACAAAUAAUAACACUAAUACUGAUGAACAAUUAAAGGUUGUUAAAGGUGAUGCUACAGAUGAGAAUAGUGUUAGUAUUGAAAGGAUACCGGUAUUGACGGAUUUGGAGCGAGUGGAGGAUAUGGUGAAGAGGUUUGAGUCAUUAGCCAAUUCUCGUUGGAGGAUGACUCGGGAGUUCACAGCAUCCUAUAGUUUAGAUGACGAGAUUUCGAUGCUGACGACUUCCCCGCAGACCUCUGCCCGCACGAACUCGGAGUUCAUCUUGCAGCUGGCAGGCCUGAUGAGUAACGUGAAAAGAGGAAAGGACGCACAGGUUGACCCGAACCUAGUCUUCAAGCUGUACCAACUAGCAGAAGAAUGUGCUUCAACCACAGAAGGAGCACUUCUUACAGGCUGGUCAUCAUACAUACUCUCAUACCCCAAAGAAGACAAUAAUAUCCAGAAUAUUCACUCUAGAACUCAAAAUAAGCCAAAGGAUUUACUACAGGGGUUAGGUGCCAUGAGUGCCAUUAGCAGUCCUGGAAUAUGUCCUCUAAAUUCCUUUAAAUCCAGUAAUUCUCCCUCCCUCUCACUUAACUCACCCUCAAUCUUAAACUCGCCCUCUAUCUCACUUAACUCACCUUUCAUAUCAUUGAAUUCGCCUUGCAUCCACAUUAACUCACCCAAGAAUAAGACCAACCUUUCUUCUCUCACCUGUCCAAUUAAAAACUCGGUUCACAACAUUGCUGGUAAUACCCCUUGUCCAUUUACUGGCAACCUUGUUAAUAACGUGCCUAGUACUCAGUUUAACAGUAGCCUGGCUAAUGAUGUUAAUUUGAUGAAGGCAGGAUGUCCCAUCAGAAGCUGCCCCGUAGAUUUAACAAGCAAUUAUACACAAUUGCUGGCAAACAAUCCAAUACUAACUGACCUAUCAAACAUGUAUAAACGUAAAAGAGAAGCUGAUAUUAAUAGAAAGGACAGUGACUUGGGAGAAAGAUUCAUUGACAUUACCCGUAAAUUUAGUGCAAUUAAUAGAAAAGAUAGUGAAAUGAGGAGGAAUAGUGAUAUGAGUCGCAGAGCUGAGGAUGGUAGAGUUGGAAUCAAGUAUCAGAAAGGAAUGAAUAUACAGCUAGGGCUCCAGGUGAAGCAACAGGAAUUAGCUGCCAGGAAGGCUAAAACACCCGAAAAGGAAGUGGAAUUCAUUGAUGACCCGCACGACUUCUGCAAGUUCAACGACCUCCCCAAGAGAAGGUCCUACAUCUCAUCAAUCAAGUGGGACGAAGACCUCGAAAUGGGUUUGUUACACAAAUUUAAUGUGUUUGAAGUGAAUAUUGGUGGAGUCAGGUGGAUUCGGCACUGGGCAAAGAAGAAGAGCGUUAAAAGUACCCAUUACUUGAUUGGUGACGGAGAUUCUUCACUUUACAGACCAGUUGUCCCAGGGAGUAUUUUGGCCAACGGCAGAAAACUUCCAAAUAGGAAAACUAAACCCAGAGAAUUUCGACUCUGCGCUACUUCUUCUGGCAAAUUUGCACUUGUUCAGCCUUACCCGCCAAACGUUAAUCCUACCCUUGCUCCUUUUCCGAAAAACGUAUCGGGAAGUGGAAAUGACUUGAACAAAUUGGGUCAUUUUAAAUUUGUGCAAAAAUACAAGGGCGUGGAGUACGUCUCUCUCAAGCGGAUGGUGCCUUACCCAAGGGGCAGGUACGCUUACACAUUUGACACGGACCGAAUUUUUCCCACACAAAAAUCUAAGUAA